GCGUCCCUCGCCAUUUGCAUCGCCGGACACGGAAGAAUUAUUUCCUAGAAAAAGGAAUAUCUAGGAUGGAUGGCUACCCUGCUACAAAUACGGCAUCCUUCAAUGGGCAGAUAGGCAACUCAAUUGGACCAAUCAAAUUUGAAAGUGAGCCCUACCAUUACGAUGUCAGCAACAACAACCAUAAUUAUGGAUACGACGGUUCAGGGACUUAUGGGCACGUACCCUUUCAGCCAACCGGAUUUCAGUAUACACCAGGAACUCAGCCUCAGGGGACACUUCAGACCAAUGCUCAAACCCCUAAUCUUUAUAACAACCAACCCUUAAACCAGUCCUCUUUACCUGUGGCAGUAAAUGGAGAUAGUAAAUACAUUACUCCCAAGAAACCCAUGAAUUCCAGCACGGAGCACCACUGUGAUAUAUGUGACAAGGUGUUCAGCUCGAGUGCCAGCAUGAGACGACAUCGAGAAAUUCACACAGGCAUGAAAAAAUUCUCGUGUGAACUUUGUGGGAACAGUUACACCCAAAAACACAACCUUACAAAGCACAUGCGAGUGCAUACAGGUGAGAAGCCAUACAAGUGCCAUGUGUGUGACAAACUGUUCUACAUUCAUCAUCAUUUGAAGAACCACAUGUUCCAGCAUACAGGAGAAUUACCGUUCCAGUGUGCCAAAUGUAACAAACGCUUUAAACACAAGUUCAGGUAUGAACGUCACUUACGGACACACGAGGAAGGAGGAAAUACUGAUGGAAGUGUCGCACAGACACCCCCAUCAUUAACAAGUGAGGAUAAUUCGAUGAGUGAAGCUUGGAACAAUAAGUCUGAUGAUGAUGAUGAUGUUGACUAUGAUGCGUCACUUUACGACUCAUUUGACGAAGAAGGGAACAAAUAUGAUGAGCACGAAUGUGAGGUCUGCCAGCAGAUCUUCAUUAGCAAGGAAAGCCUCGACAACCAUUUCAAGCUGCAACAUGCUGUCGAUAGAGAAUUCAAGUGCGACGACUGUAACAGUAUUUUUCUUACUCGGGCCCACCUUGUCCGCCAUCGACGCACUCACACUGGCGAGCAGAUCUAUGAGUGUGAAGAAUGUAAUGUUAGUUUCCGAUGGAAGGUGAGUUUGCAUAUCCAUAUGAGAAGGCACAAUAAUGACUAUAAACGGUUCGAGUGCACCAUGUGUAACAAAUAUUUCCUUGCUAAGGAAAGUCUUAAGAAACACAUGAAUAUGCAUUUAGGUAUGACUGCUCAGGAGCAAGAUGAUAGUGAACAAAAACACACUCCGAAAAAUGAAAACAAAAAUAACUCGGAUGGAAAACAAAAUGGUGGCAGUAAAAGCAUUACCAGUCCAAAAUCAUCAACUCCAAAACAACCGCCCACAUGUAAAACAUGCCAUAAAACAUUCAGUUCUAAUUCAAGUUUACGGAAGCAUGAGUUCACCCAUAUGGAUGUGAAACCUCAUAAAUGUGAUCUCUGUAAUGUGUCUUUCGCCCAGAAAAUCCAGUUACGCCUUCAUAAUAAGAAACACAAUGGUGGAAAAAUGGAUCCGCCAUUGUUUUAUCGUAAGAAGGAAAAUCAGCCAAAGAAGGAAUCGCCCGAGGAGUCUGAUUCCAAAUCUGAGGUUUCCGCAUCAAAACGUAAAUCUCCAACAAAAAGUUCAUCGCCAGCUAAGAUUUCCCCUGUACGCAUCAAGAUUGAUAAAUCCAAGAUAAUUCCAGAACGCAGGAACGCUCCAAGGAAAGCACGCAAUAUAAUAAAAGAAGAAGUUGAAGACGAAGAAGAGGAAGAAGAAGGAGAGGCGGAAGAAGAAGAAGUAGUAGAAGAUGAAGAAGAGGAUGAAGAAGAAGAAGAGGAGGAAGAAGAAGAGGAAAGCAGCGAAGAAGAGAGUGAAGCUGAGAGCGAAACAGAAGAAGACAUGGAACCAAAAAAAUCACGCUGGGAAGGUUAUCGAUACCCUGUAUGUGAAAACUGUCAUCAGGUGUUCAAGAAAAGAAAAGCUUUAUUGCGUCAUCAGAGAAAAUGUAAGAAACGAGAAUAGCAACUGAUACAUUGAUUUUAGCGAAGCCUGACAAGAAAAAUUGUUGAUCUUUUUUUUUCUCUCUUUUAUUUUAUAAGGAGUAUACUUGUUUUUGGUUUUAUGAAAAAAUUCUUUCCUUGGAAGACAGGAAUUAUAUUUUAAAUGCAUUUUAAUAAGUUAGAUGACUGGGCUUUAUGCCAGCUGAAUCAUUUUCUCUGAAGAAUGUUAAAAAUAUUUUCUC